UUCAGGUUCAAAGGCUCGCUGAAUAUGAACGAUACUUAGGUCAAGACGCACGUACACUAAUAGAAACCAACAGCACCAACAAUAAAAGUAAAAAUAAAAACAACAACAAUAUAAGCAGUGGAGUAGUUUUUCAACGUGCUCAGCUUGAAGGUGACCUUCAUCGUAUCCAGGAACUAUUUCCGGGCGACAACCUGCGUCUACAUGAGCGAGAUGUUCUCACCACCAAAAUGAAAAGCUUGAUACGUAAGAGAAAUGGAGGAAAUCCUGGACGACUUACUCGGGCAUUAUCGCAAAAAAAUCUUCAAAAUAUAUGCAGCUCGCCAGCGCCAAAUCCAACGACAAAGUCACCACCCCGUAAAUUUUUUUUGGAAACACCGGUACAAUUUACCACGGGUAUGCAAUCUCAAGAUCGACAUCUUUUUCUUUUCUCGGAUCUUCUGUUAAUUGCCAAGGCUCGAAGCGGUGGAAAUUUUAAACUAAAACAAACGGUUAAAAUGAGCGAACUUUGGCUUACCAAAGAACAUAUUGAAGAUGUUUCCGAGUCAAACAAGUCUCAGGAAACUAGCUUUGUUCUUGGAUGGCCUACUACCAAUGUUGUUGCAACAUUUAUGACCGCAGCAGCAAGAGACUUGUGGUGGGGUCGUUUGACAGAGCUGGUGCGUGAAGAAAACCUCAAUGAGCCACCAGAUACAAAUAUUCAAGUGGUGUAUCAUGACAAUGACACUAACACGGAAUACUGUAAAACAAUAAUGGUAAGCUCAGAAAUGACAGCAGGAACGUGUGUUAAUUUGGCAACCCGGCUAUUGGAUCUUCAAGGUAAUUUUCAGCUGUGGGCAAGAACGUCUAUUGAUGAAGCCCCUUAUCCGCUAAUUGGCCAUGAGAGGCCUUUUGCAAUAAAGCUCUCUAAUUUGAGGCACACCCUUUCUACAGAGGAAGGUUUUGAUCUUGAGCACUGCAACAAAAGCGGUCAUGAUACCUGUCACUUUAUUUUACGGCCUAUUCUAAAAUCACCAAUUAAAAAAAAUAACAAAUCAAAAAUUACAGGAAUCUUAAGACGAUCCCUCUCGUUAAAUCCUAAUAUUUUUGGAGUUAAUUUAUCAAGAUUAGACGAUAAUGGUUUACCAAAACCAGUUCUGGUCAUGUUACAACAGUUAUUUUCCAAGGGUCCUUUUACUCAGGGAAUAUUUCGUAAGUCUGCAAACGUGAGAAUUGUUAGAGAGCUAAGAGACCAAAUAGAAUCAACUGGUGAUACAAAUUGCCUUGAAGAUGCACCAAUAAUAGCCGUUGCUUCGUUAUUAAAAGAUUUUUUACGAUCACUGCCUGAUCCAUUACUAACUUUUCAUUUAUUUCCACUGUGGAUGGCCAGUUUGGAAUCGAAAAAUUCUGUACAGACUAUUAAAAGUAUUAUUGAUCGACUACCAAAAGAAAACUAUACUCUUUUAUCUCAUUUGGUAUGCGUACUUCAUCAUAUAGCCCGACGAUCAAAACACAAUUUAAUGUGUGCAAGUAAUUUAGGUGUAUGCUGCGGGCCAAGUCUUCUUUGGUCAUCAAAUCCAACAGUUAAUCAAAGUCGUGCCAUUCCAACACUAACUGAGAUGCUGAUUCGUCACUGUGAAAUAUUAUUUGGAGACGGUGUCACUCUGUUAUUUGGUGAGGAACGAAGUGACAGUGGAGCUGAAGAAAGCACUGAUAGUUUACACUCAGGUGGACUUUCGUUGGAUAGCUUGGAUCUAACAGAACCACCAAGAAAAGAUCAUAUGUCAUUAUCACGUGACUCGGGUCUUACGCUAUCAGAUUGUCAGCUCUUUAUACCAGAAUCACCAGUUGGCUCUGAAGAUUCAGUAGUAAAUGUCUCUAAUUCGAGUUUUGAAAAAUCAUCAUCAUCAUCAUCAUCAACAUCCACUGACAAAGAUAAAUUUCAAAUCAAUAAAUCUAGUUAUAUUCGUAUUUACACCGGAUGGGAGAAUCGACUCAACAGUUAUACUACAAAUAUAACAACAACAACCUCCUCUAAUAAUAAUAUUGUAUCUGCUGCUGCUGCUGCUGCUGCUGCUGCUGCUGCUACUACUCAUAAUCAAACUUUUUGCGAUGAAAAAUUAAAUUAUCCAAAUCCAAAUUUUCAACGACAAGACUGGUUACGUGCCCAACUUAAACGUAAUUCCAGAACAAAACUGGAAGACGAUCAACGAAAGGAACGUUUUGAUGACAAAGAUAUAUUUACAAGAGAUUAUUUACGUCAAACAUCGAUAAAAGAAAACGUUGAUAAUUGUAAAGAUAUCUCAGUAUUUAGAGCGCAACAACAUAAUGUUAACUCGUGUCUUGACAGCAAUACUCCCAAUUUUAAUCAUGAUUCUUCAGAGAAAAAUUCUAAUGGUGAUUCGACAAUAAUAUUAUCAGAGCAACGCAGUCAAAGUUAUAAUUUUAAGAAAGAAAGAUUUGAUUUUAAAAAAUUAAAAGGUGAUUAUGAAAAAUUACCGACAAUGUCUUCCCAAAAUAGUAGCUAUCAUUCAAAUGCGGAUUUAUAUGAAUAUAAAAAAGUAUUGACUAAACACGACAUUAGACUAGAAAAUAAUAAUAGUAAUAGUAAUAAUAUUUAUGGUAAUCGUGAGACAAUAACUGAAAUUUACAGUUCACGAGAAAUCAAAGACAUGUAUAAAUUAAAACAAUCUGAAACAAUAAAUAAUUUUUGUGGUGAUCAUCCUGCUGCUACCGUCACUGCUGUUGUCGAUGAUAAUAAUGAUGAGGAUGAGGAUGACGACGAUAAUGAUGAUGAUGAUGAUGAUGAUGAUGAUGAUGAUGAUGAUGAUGAUGAUGAUGAUGAUGAUGAUGAUGAUGGUGAUGGUGAUGAUGAUGAUAAUGAUAAUGAUAACGAUGAUGAUGAUGAUAACAACGAUACUCGUACUUGGCCUGAUACUCCACCACCACUUCCACCUCGACUUCGACAUUUACCUCCAGUACACAUGAGUCUUGAGGAUCGACAUAAAGUUGCUGGUAGAUCACGUUCAUUACCACCUCCACCUCCUUAUCGCCCUCCACCUCAACCGCGUGCACCUAUAACCACUAGACAUCUCGGUUAUCCUCGAUCAAUUAUCGACGACGAAAGUUAUGUAUAA